AUGGCGGCAAAAUUCACCACACAGACUCCAAUCUACAAAGCUCCCAAGGACUGGCACAUCUGGGCCAACACCCUCAAGGCGAAGGCUCGCCAGGUCAACUUAUGGCAAUACUUCGAAGGAAAGCCGUGGCCUAAGGAGCCUAGAUACCCAGAGCCAAAGGACUUCAACGAAGAGGAAGGUGCUGAUUCAGAGACAUUCACAGAGGAUGGAGGCGAUGACAACGAAGAGAUCCAACGCCUACAGGCAGAAGUUGACAAACUGCCGCCUCCACCAGCUGAUGGAAUCCUCGAUCGGAACAACGCCGACUACCCCAAUCUCCACGGAGCAGCCCUCCAGAGGCGCCGUACACGCGAUCAACGCCUCCGCGAAGAACUCGCUGAAGUCGCCCGAAAUCGGCUAGUGGAGAUCCGAAACGAAGAGACUGUACUCUCCGCGCACGGCAAGGAACGAUACAACAUAGCCGUGGCUCGAUACAACAGCAUGAGGAAGGACUACGAUCGGAUACAACGCGAUGCCGCAGUAAUAUUGGACUGGACCGACGCAUCAGUCUCCCAUCAAUACUACCACCUAUUCGAAGAUAAGGAGCUUGUGGAGAGAUAUCUCGCACUAGAAACCUAUUCUCUCCCCUUCGCGGAAGAGGUGAUUAGGGAGACUCGUCGCGAUUACAGAGACCAUAUGACUGCGUUCAAGAGAUCGGAAAAGAAGAUAGGCGAGUGGAUCACAAAAUGGAUGCACUUUAUGGCUGAGGCCCAGAGAUAUAAGCUGUGGGAGAUCACAACACCUGAAGUAUGGUGUGAGCACUUGAUGGAGAGGCUCAACGAGACUCAACUAGGCCGAGCCUGGCUGCUGGGCGAAUUCGCCGCUAUGGAGCCCCAGAUCAAGAACGGCCAGAUAGACUAUAUCAAGGUGGCCGCCAAGAUGCAACUCCGCCUAGCUAUGGAAACGCCAACCGAAAAGACAGCAGAGAAGAGGCGCUACCAAGGAGCGUUCCCAGCCUAUAACGGCACCAACAACAACGGUACCAACAACAAUAAUGAGGUUACCAAUUCCGAAGCCGUAGAACGCGGAGGCCACAGAGUCAAGAGGGAGAGAAGCACGCCCAGCCGCAGCCAGUCAGCAAGAGGCCGUGGACAGAGCCACGCCUUUAGUGGGCGAUCCUUACAAGGUCGUAAGACCCAGGGCGUGGAAGAAUGCGAGUUAUGCUCGAAGAACGGCCACAAUCUAGAAGAUUGCUACCACACCUACCCAGACGACCAUCCAGACCUUCCAGCGUGGUGGAUUCGAAGAUGCGGCCCUCUAGAAAAGAAGACGGUAGCCAGGCUGCUAAAGGCAGACGCCAGCCUCGCUGAGAGGGUUCGCCAGAUUAAGAAAAACCGCACUAUGAGUUGA